AUGGCAUGUUUGCAUCGUGCUGGCUACAUCCAUGGCGACCUGAAAGCAGACAACAUGUUCUACAAGGGCUUGGAUAAGAACGGUUGCCCAGCCGGCGUUGUGCUCGCUGACUUCGGCUUAUCGCAGCCUCUGAAUUCCCAGAUGCCUACCUUUGAAGCCAAGUACUACCCAGGGUCCUUUCACCUUGUGGACAGCCUCUUCAGCGGAAAGCCGGACACGCCCAAAAUCCGAAUGCCAGGCCGCAAGGACGUUGUCAGGGCCAGUGAGGUGAUCGACAGAUGUUCCUUGCUUCUUUUUGCCUAUGCAAACUUCGGCACAGAGGUGAUUGGCCCUGGUAAACCCAUCAGGCAAGGUGGCUGUGGCAGGAUGGGUGUGAACCGCCCAUACCUCCUUCCAACACAUUCAAUCUUCCCUGAAGACUGA